AUGUCCUUCUACAUCCAUCCAACCUGCUUUAUUUCCGUUGACAUUUAUUAUUAUUAUUAUUUUCUUUCUUUUCUUUUCUUUUCUUUUCUUUUUUUUUUUUUUUUCUUUUUUUUUAAAAAUAUUCUCGUCGGGCCAUUUACGCGAGCCGCUGCUCUCUUCCUGCUUCGUCACCGAGAUACGGACGGAGUAUCAAACUCUUUGACCUUCAGGACCUCCCUCCCACACGAAUCUCCGAUCGUCGAUUGGACAGUGACUAAUGAGCGCUUUGAAAUAUUUGUAGGAAACUUCUUCCUUCCGCCUUUUUCCUUCAUUUUCUUUUAUUUUUUCUUCUUUUUCCUUCUUCUCCUUUAUUCCUCCUUUUUCUUUCUUGUUCUUUUCUUUUUUCUUAUUUUUCCUUCUUUUUUUCCUUUCUUCUUCUUUUACUUCUUUUUUCUUCUUCUUUCUUUCUUUUUCUUCUUUUUUCGUUGUUUUUCUUCUUUUUCCAUUGUCUUUCUUAUUUUUCCUUUCUCCUUUUUACUUCUCCUUUUUCCUUCCUUCCUCCUUUUUUCUUCUUUUCCUUUUCUUUUCUCUUCUUUUCCUUUCUUCUUCUUUUUCCUUUCUUCUUCUUUUUCCUUUCUUUUUCCUUUUUCCUUUCUUUUUCCUUUUUCCUUUCUUCUUCUUUUUCCUUUCUUUUUCCUUUUUCCUUCUUUUCUUUUUGCUUCUUUUUCUUAUUUUCCUUUCUUCUUCUUCUUUUCCCCUCUUCUUCUUCUUCUUCUUUUUCUUCUUAUUCUUCUUCUUCUUCCCUAA